GAUUCGUUCAAGUGAAACGCUGUAAUCACCUUAGGGAUGAAAGCAGGGUUCAUGCGCAACAAUACCGUUUCCAUCGUCCCAAACGCGCAUACAGGAACUGUGCACGGACAGUGUCUGUAGCUCACUGACCCACUUGGCGAAGGUGAUAGCUAACAGAAAGGCUGUCUUCAUAGAGAGAUAUUUCAGCUCUAAGGUAUCUAUGGGCUCAAAAAGGGUAUGUUCACCAGUUUUGCUCGAGUUGUCUGGACCAUUGUGAUGUCACACCGCUGAGUGGUCCGGAUAAUACGCUGCAACGCGGAUGGAACACUAGCUAUUAUUGCAUCAAUUAAACGCAUUUAUAUUUCAGUAGGGCGCUAUUCAUAGGUUUUAAUCCUAUAAAUAUAAUUAUACAAAAUGAACGGACAUAUGCAAAAGUAAAAUGACCGUGCCUCAAGGAUAGAUACUUAAUCUGUGUGGUGUUUUAAUAUUAAGCCGGUAUAACACACUAAAGUUAGUUUUACACGACCUGCCUCUCAGCCUCAGCGACUUGUUUAGCUCUUGCCACUGGAAUGAGCGCUCUAGAAGUACGCGCUGCCUUGAUUCACACAAGAAACAUAAGAAUUGAUCUGUAACCAAGGAAGACAAGUGCUACCGAAUGUUUCCGACGAUUAAUACUGCUUCAAGCUCCAAUUCCCAGAAACCAAGAAGCAAAAAUAAUUUUGAAAUUGACAAGGGUCCCAAGUAUUUGAAAUCUGCACUGUGCUGGCCUCACAUUCCCCUGAAUCAACAAAAACCUCCACUGAGCAAAACCAAGACAGCACCAUUUGAUAUACAGAAUUAUCCGUGGAGUCUAAUCCUGGAUGAAACACAGUUAAUUCUGAAAUCUGUCAAGAAGACCAAAACUAAGAAGUGUGCUGAUCUUGACCGAUUUUCUUUGGACACAAGUGAGAGACAUCUAAGAAGGUACCGGCAAUUCACUGGUCAAUUUGGAAUAGAUGGACCAUUUGACAAACAACAGUAUGUCGUUGAGCCAUACAUAUUCAGCCUGAAGCAAAUUGAUAAUGUUAUUGCCACGGAGAGUCAAAACCAUCUGUGCAGAAGAAGAAUGCCCAUUCUCAGUAGCUUAACAAAGAGCAAUACUGAUAAUUUUCUCCAGCAGUCACUUCAUAUAAUAAAUAAGAAAAGUACAAAGACAAGUGCUUUUGAUUUCUAUAGGCCACUAGGCUACAGAUUAUCCAGUACCUGCUACCUCCCAACAUUUCCGGUAUGUUAUAAAACAGAGCAGGCGAGCUCUUCUGAUUCUUACGAAGACCUUUUCAACAGCUGCAGCCCAGUGAAAAUUCCUGACUCCUCAGUGAAUACGCCAGACACAGGGACUACAGAUGGGAACAUUCAUGACUCUGGUACAGAAACAAAGGAAGAUGGUGAAGACAGUAAAGAAGCUGAAUUGAAACCUUUUAACAAGAUUAACAGUGAAGAUGAAAAACAUCUACCUCCAGCGAACUCCGAGAACACACCCCAGACAGCAGAGGAACAGGAACCUUUAGUGACUAUUUCAGACCACACAGGGACCUCAGACCAGUACAUGCAUGACCCGGGUAGAACAGAUUCAGAUGAAGAUAGUAAAAGAACUGAAACAAAUCAUCUUAACAGCAUCAGCAGAGAACUGGAAUCAUCCCCACUACCUAAGGAGGUGACUACAGACAGCAGGCCAAGCAGCUGUUUUGAUGGAGACGGUCUAGAGCUUAAAGGAGAAGCCAUCUUCAGCAGAUCUCCAGCAGAUGCUGCCUCAUCACUGCAACCCACCAUGCCAAUACUAUGUCCUGAGAUGAACAACCAAAUCCCCUUUGAAGAAAGAACUGAUUUGGAAAUGAGGUUCCGUGACCUGGUGAAUAAUAAUGAAGGGUGCAUUCCGUUUUAUAAGCUGCGGGACACCCUGCCUUGCCAGUUGCGUGAAGGCCAGGUGCAGUUUGUGAAGGAGAUUUACAAUAUGACAUGUAGCAGCAGCACAUUUGCAGAAGAGGAGUACAUGGCAAUCCAUAAUUUAUGCAUGUUAAUGGUAAACCACAGUACAACACUACAGUAUGCAUAUAACAGCUUAAAUUCAGAGAAAAUAGAGGAGGACCUCCAUAGAUACAUGGGUCUCUUUUGCAGUGUCGAUCGACAGCAGCAUGGGUGCAUUAGUUUGUUGUCUCUGCAAGAGAUCCUGAGAGCUGUACUGGACCUGGAUUUCAGUAGCUAUCACAAGUCUGUGUGGAGAAAAAUUAUCAGGGACCUGCAACUGAAUGAAGUGCAUUCCGUGAGCAGACUUCAAUAUCUUGCUUUUGUUCCAUUCUUUCUUGCAUUGGAAAAAGAGACACUGGACAAGGGGACCUGUGUACCUGCGGAUUCUGCAUAGCCUGCUGUCAACAGUCAAACACAAAUUGACAUAAUUAUCAAUCAUCAGUUCCUUCUAGCCUCCAGGCACUUUGCAUAAUCUUGAGUUAAAUUUCAGAAUGUUGAAGCCCAGUACAAUGCUGGAAAUCCUGCAAAGCUGUUUUGUGAUAUGCUGUCAUGAUUUUCUGUUGUAAAAUAGAACAAAUAUCAUUCUGACUUAUUUCAAAAUAAUUGCAACAAGUUGUUUAUUGAACCCUAACAUAUAUUUUAGCUUAUACUGUGAAUCUCCUGUUUACAUCACUACUAACUAGUUUGUAAGAAUGCUGCAUUGGGGCUGUGUAUAUGAAGCAUCACAUAUUGUCAUUGCACAGUAAGAUGAUAAUAAACCAGCUUUUACAUAAUUAUAAUG